GGCGGCGCUGCGGUCCGCGCAGAGCAGCGUGCAGGCCAGCCGCUGGAGCUCCCUCACGCGCCUGGUGCGCUACCAGUCGGCGCUCAAGCAGCUGCAGGCCGACUUGGAAGCUCGGCAGGCGGAAUGGGAGCGAGAGAAGGCAGUCCUACAGGCAACUGCCCACGACGCCGCUCGCCGCGCCGAGGCGCUGGCUGCCGAGCUGGAGGGGCUGCAGCGGCAGAUGUCUGAGCUGCAGGUGGCGGGGGAGAUGGAGCGGCAGCAGCUCGCGGCGCGGCAUGUGACUCACAUCAAGGACAUGCAAGAACGUAUCGAGCAGGAGCGGCAGGCCAUGGCCACCGAGGCUGCAGCCAGGGCGGAGGCGGCGGCGGCUGCCAGCCAGAACGCGGCCGAGGCGGUUGCGGCCUCGCGGCUGGCGGCUCUGGAGGCGGAGUACGGACAGCGGCUGGAGCAGCUGGAGGCGGACCGGGCGGCGCUUGCGCAGGAGAUACAGAUGAUGCAGGCACAGUUCAGCCAGUAUCAGACCCAGAAGGCGGCCGAGGUAUCCAGUUUGGAGCAGCGGCUCCGCGGCUGCAUCGAGACGGGCGCCGUCGGCGUCUGCCCCGUGCGCCGAGCCGCCGCCAGCUGCGGCGAUCAUGCGCCCGACUGCCCCUCACCCGGCUCCUCCGAGGCCGCCUGCCACCGCCCACACGGCGGCGGCAACCUGCGGAACUGCAAGUCCCUGCGCCGCCAGCACGCCUGCUCCGGCAGCAGAGCCGCACGCCGCCGGAAAGGCGCCUGCCCGGGAGCUGCAGCUGCACCGCAGCCCACCUGCACCUUCGUACCCACUCUCUUCCCGCCCCUGCCAACCCAACCCGCCAGCGACGGGGCUACCAACCCUCGUGCUGCCGGGGGCCCUGGCGGUUCGGGCGGUCCGGGCGCCGUUCAGUUGACUCCCUCGCAGCUUGUGGCCCUGGCCCGCGGCUCGGAGGCGCUGGAGGCGGCGCAGCGGGAGGUGGCGUUCGAGCGGUCGCUGCGGGGGCGGGUGGAGGCGCAGGUGGGGCUGCUGCGCGGCGCGCUGGCCCGAGUGAGGGGCAAAUUGAAGGCGGUGUCUGACCAGCUGGACGCGGCGCGCGCGAGCGCCGUACCACCGGAGGAGCACCGGCAGCUGCAGGCUGAGCUGUCCGCAUGCAGGGAGCAGCUCAAGAGCUGUCGCGCGGAGAGCGCGCGGCGUCAGAAGGCACUGCAGGUGCUGCAGGGCAUGGCAAUCGGCCCGUCAGGCGCCGCCUUUGAUCCCCACGACAGCGCCGCUGCCAUGCGUGGCCGCGUCAACAGGCCGGGAUCCGCAGCCGCAGCGGGCUCAGCAGCACCCGGCAGGCCCCCCCUUGCCCCGCCACAUGCAGGCGGCAUGAUGGGUUCCCCGUAUGACGGUGCGGACAUGCAUGGGGCUCCUGGCAGGUUUGCAGCCGGCCGCGACGACGACCCCUUGCCGGCGGCGUUGGAGGCGGCGGCUGCGGGUGCUCGUGCCACAGCGGCUGCGCUGGAGGCGGAACGAGCCGCACGGGAGGCGGUGGAGGGGAAGCUGCGGGAAGCCAAGUCGGCUCUGGAGCGGAAGACGGCGCUGGCAAAGGACCUGAAGCGGCGAGUGGACGACCUCAGCGCGGCCCUGCAGCGCCGUACCUCUGCAGCCAGCGAGGAUGCCGCCGCGGAGUCGCGUCUGCGCUCCCUGACCGCCACUCUGACCCGCAAGGAGGCGCUGGUGAAGGAGCUGCGGGAGCGUCUGGAGGCGGUGCAGGCGAGUGUCAGUGCGAGCAGCGCCGCCGCGGAGGCGAGGAGCAGCGAGGAGCUGGACGCGGCGAAGCGAGCCAGCGCGCGACUGAGGACGGAGCUGGCGAAGCGUGAUGUGACGAUCCAUGCGGCGCUGAAUGACUUGGAGAAGGAGCGCACGAUCCUGUCCGGCACCGUCAAGCAGCUGGAGGACGUCACGCGGCGCGAGACGGCGCUACGGCGCCAGGCGAGCUCCGCCGCGGCGGUGCUGCGGGGUCGCGCACGUGAGCUGCUGGAGGCCCUGCGCGCCCUCUCCCGGGUGCUGCUGCAGGCCGUGGCCGCCAUGGAUGUCGCAUCGGAGCGCCUGCACCGGGCUGGCUGCGUGCCGACGCCGGGCGCCGGCGCGAGACGGCCAGUCGGUGCUGCUGCUGCUGCUGCUGCUGCGGCGGCGGCAGGUGCUGGCGGCGGCAGCAGCGGAGCAGCCCAGCGGGGCUCUGGUGCCGGUGGCGGUGGCGGUGGCGGCAUCAUGUCAGCGCAUGACAUUUCGCAGCUGACGAGCCUUUCGAUUGAGGAUGUACGGCAUCUGCUGGGACCCGAGGAUGCGCCGGGGUCGCGGGGCGGUUACUACCCGCUGUCCCAUGGGGCUACGGGUGGCGGUGCAGCGGUGGCUGCGUCGCUGGAGGCGGCUCAGCGGGUGGGCGACCUGCUGUCAGUGAUUGAGGUGUCGCUGGCAGCGGCGGCCGACAUGGCGGUCCCCUUGGGACAGGACCACACCGGAGGCUUCCCAGAUGACGUCUCCUCAGCCGACGGAGAGCUGCUCCGAGACCAGCUGCUAGCUGCGGUGGCAGCAGCCGCAGACCCCGCUGCAGCCGCCGCAGCGGUGCUGAGCAGCCGCAGCAGCCGCUCCGGGAGGAGCCAGACGCAGGGCCCGGAUGCUUCCAGGGCAGCAACAGCGCGACGGGCGUCUGGCAUGGGGCCUGCUGCGGCUCCUGCCGACCCGUGGGACAUUCGGACGUUGCAAGCGCUGGUGGAGGAGGCGCAAGCGGAGGCGCAGCGCGCUGAGGGUGGGCUGGCGGCUGCUUUGCAGAGUGUCGGUGUGUUAGGAUGACCGGUGGAGCUGUUGGCUGUGAGAAUGGCCUAAGGCUGUUUCUAUUCCCUCAUUAGAGGGCGAAGGGCGUGGGGUAUAGCGUGUAGCGGUAUGACACAGUACAUGAUGUUCGUCGGUUACGUGGGCUUAGCCUGAGAGGCGUGGCGCGAGCAACGCCUGCUGCUAGCAACAUUACAUGUUUACAUCCCCGUUGGGUUGACAGCUUGGCAUCUGUAGCGACGUGCGUACGGCCUCGCGAGCGCGAGGACGCGUGGCCUGACCAGUGACCACGUCAUACAUGUCCACGCUAGCUGCUAGAGCUCCAUUGAGCCACCAUCUGACGAGGGUAAUGGCACCCACACACCCAACGAACUAAACCUUAACAACAAAGGGUUCAACAAGCCUGCAAACUGGCGGCUAACUGAUAACCAGGGACCGUUCAUUGGCCCACACGCCCACCACGUACGGUAUCUGCAAAAUUGGAAGGUGACAUCCGCCAUGUGACAACAUUUGCCCAUUACUGACAUAUGUAUGCAUUGCAGCUGCUGAGCUGCGUGCUCAGACGGGCGUCAGCGCCGGCAGCAGCACCCUGUUGAUCACAUGGACGAUGGCCUGCGGGGGAGGCAGCGACGCGAAAGGCGGG